AUGUCUGCUACCUCAACCAGAAGCCCAACAUCCCCUCUUGAGCGUCGCGAUAUCCGAUCAGACUCCCUCCCAUUCAAGCGGGAGAAGGAACACUCCCAGAAAUGGAGCAACGGUCACCGCCCCUUGGCCGGCGCCCAGAUCCCCUUCUCCUCUGAACUCGACGGCACCGAGCAGCAGCUCCCCUUCCCAAAGGACAAGGUCCGCCCAAUGAAGCAAUGGAGCUCGAUAAACAGCAUGCACAAGUCCCACGCAAACAAGAACCCAAAGCCAAACGGAAACUACACCUCCUCCCGCACAGCCCACAAAGUCUCCGCCGUGAUCGAAUCCAAUGACCACACCUCCUCCCCACUCUCCAAAUCCCUCCUCGAGCUCCUCCCCGAACAUACCAACAACACCAACUCCCCAAUCCAAACCAUGAUCCACACCAACUCCGCCUCUGACGCCGAGGUCCUCUAUAGCUUCGACAGCAGGGGUCCCAGCCCUGGUGACAAGGGCCGAACGGUCGACCUUGGCGGCUUGGUCGAGCUCGCGGAGCAGAAAUGGGUUAGCGAGCAGACGGAGCGCAUUGUGAAAGGCGAGUAUGAGGUGUUGGAUAAUGAGGGCGAGAAGACCGUUCUUGCGAAGGGGAAGAAGAAGGGAAGCCCAAAGCAGAGGGCUACUCCUGUUGUGGUGAAGAGUGUUGUGGAUGAGGAUGAUGGAUUCGAGUUGAUCUAA